AAUGUCCGUUCUGCAUAUUAUUUACUUGCUGUGACCACACUUCUUUUCUUCUUCGUAAAAAAUGAGCGCGCGAGACGUAGAAGAGACUGCGGAGCUACAACCCGAAGAAGAAGUGGGAGAAGAAGAAGAAGAUCAUCAUAAACAACAACAAGAACAGGAUAAUACAGAAAAUAAUUGUAAUGAAAUAUUUUCCUGUUUAUAUUGUGAAUACGAAACGGAAAUUCUUGAUGAGUUGGACGAGCACUUUUUCAGCCAUGACGAAGCUCUUCACGAAGAGAGUCUAAUAGAAGCUGAGAGGGGCAUUGUACCUACAGAAGAGGAGGAUAUACCAGAGGUUAACGAAUUAAGCUUAAGGUUUCAUGAAGAACAAGCAAAACUUAUAAAAUCAUACAUCUUUGUCUGUCCAUAUGAAGAAUGUGAAUAUGAAACCGAUAAAAGGAAGACUAUGAGCAGACAUUUCUUGAUACAUUGUGUAUCCCCGGAAGUUUUCUUGUACUCUUGUUCACAAUGCUUCUAUACCACCAGGAGAAGAAACGAUAUGCCCAAACAUUUGCUUACCCACUGCAAAAAGUCUGAAGCACUUCUCUUUGGUUGUCCUGAAUGCUUGUACACAACAAAACGAAAAGGUGAUCUUCGGGCUCAUCUGAUUUGCCAUUCAAAGUCUUUAGACGAUUUAGUUACCUGUCAUGUUUGCGGCUAUACUUGUCGCAGGAUAUCGGAUCUGAGGAAGCACAUGAUUGUUCACAAAUCGGAGGAGGAUCGCGAAAGAGCGGCGUUUAAUUGUACCAAAUGUGGAUACAGUUCAAAAAGACUAAACGACCUCAAUAAACACGUCAUUUUACACAGCGACCGUAACGUUAAAGGGGUCUUAAAAUGCCUAAACUGUCCAUAUACGACCACCGACAACUCGAUUUUCGCCAAACACAUUUUAAAUUUAUGCAAUUACGUGGAAAAUGGCGCUGCUAUCCUGGACAAUGCUGAUCAGCAAUACGUCGUGUUGGACGAAGAUAACUUCGCUUUGUUCAAUAGUGCGUAUAACGAAGAGGGGGCUUGUUUAGCGGAGUCAGAUACAGUUUUUGUGAACCAAAAAUCCUCCCAAACGACAACGAGAAUUAAAUCCCAUUUGAAAAGGACGAGGGAUGAACAAGAGAGUGAACCUUCCGAAGCGGGUAAAGUUUUAGUUUUGACAAGGUUUAAUGAAGGACAGGAGAAUGUUAUUGUUUAGAUAAAGUGUUAUUAGAAAUAAAUUUUGUUGACCCACUAAA